AUGGCAGAUUGUGAGAAAAUGUUGCGGGCAGUACUCCAGUCCAGUAAAAAUGGUGUAUCUAUCAGGAGCCUACAGUCAGAUUACAGAUCACUAUGUGGAGAAAGUAUCCCAUUUAAAAAACUGGGCUUCUCAACGCUGGAAGAGUACCUCCAGAGUAUCCCCUCUGUGGUGCACUUGGAGCAUCGCAUGGGUGAGUUGCGAUGCUUUGCUGUAGUGUGUAAAGCUACAGCCCACAUCGCUGAAUUGGUGGCCAGACAGAAGAGCUCCAAGAAAUCUCGUCAGUUUCAAGCUGUCAAUGGUAUGAUGAGAUUCAAACCUUCUACAUGUGUCCUUAUUGCGAUAAGAAGGACUCCUCUUCGUCAGCCAUCAGUGAGUGGGGUUUCAAACUGGUUAUCCAACCGUUCUCGGUCCCAUGGGGGCUACAGGGGCUUCAGCACUUCAGGAGACUACAGGCAGUUUGACCAAAAGUUGAGGUCCAUCACUCCUGUGGAGCACAGAUCACCACCUUCUCAACUAGCAGUAAAACAGCCAGACAGGAAAUGUAAAGGCUCAACGAGAGAUGAGAGGUGUCCAGAAAAUUCUUCUCAACAAGCCCCUGGAUUCAGCCACUCUCUGUCGGCUUCGUAUGACUUGGAUCUGGUACAGAGCAGAUUAAUUGAAGUCCUUGAAAAGCACAGCAGUGGACUGUGGAUGUCCAAACUUCCAAUGGUGUUCAGCAAAAUGUUUGGUCAACAGCUCCACCCUCAGGCACUUAUAGAUCUGGAGAAGUGGACACACAUCUGUUCGGUGGAACAACUUCACAUCACCAACCAAUCCGAUCGCCUGAUCUAUCCCCCUCUACCUUCAGCCCUCAAAGCACCUUCCCCAGCAGCAUCUUCUCUACAACCAGGCCCUGAUGUUUUACCUCAUUUGAAAGUCACUAUUUCCCCUUGUGCUGCCUCUAAAUCUUCUGCUGUCUCUGUGUCAGAUGAUGUUCGUCAGGGAGUAAAAGACCUUCUAUGCAAACUUAGUUAUGGCCUAUGGGCGCAUGCUUUGCCCAAACUCUUCUUGGACACGUACAAAAUACCAUUCCCCGAACACAUAUUAAAUGACUUGUCUCUCUUGCAUGAUAUAUGCACUGUGGAGUACCCCAUACCACAUGACAAAAAGAAGGCUAUUCUGUAUAAGUCAGACAGAACAGACAGAGAGGACAGUGACAGCUGUGAAAACCAGCAGUGCAGAAGCUGUCCUUUCCCCUCUGGUCUCGAGGUGGAAGGCCCUGUUGUUCCGCCACCUCUGGUUUUCCCCUCAGAGCAGUAUCCUUCUGUGUUGAUUACUGAUGCCAAGAGCUGCAAUGCUGUUACUGUAAGGUAUGUAGGCAAGAACCAUUCAAAUGCGCAGGAAGCAAUGGAAGACGCCAUGGGCACCUUCUAUAGCCAAAGCUCCACCCACCUUCCCUUGUCUGACCCUGUGGUUGGACGGUUGGUAGCAGUCAGAGGGGAGGACGAAGAAGAAGUGGCCAGAGGUCAGGUCAUGGAGUUUAUGACUCCCAGCAAGGUCAAGGUGUAUUAUGUAGACUAUGGCUUCUCUGUGGAGACCAGUGUGACCAAUCUGCUAGAGCUGCACCAAGACUUCAUCUCCCUGCCCCUCCAGGCUACUAAUGUUCAACUGGCAGGCCUUGAGGCAUUUAGCUCCCAUCCACAGGUGUUAUCAGUGUUGGACACCUUGGCAAUUGGAAAGAUCCUGCUGAUGGAGACAUUAGAUCCAUGUCAGCAGAAUGAAAUGCCUGUUGUUGUGCUGUAUGACACUUCGCAAGAUGAAGACCUCAACAUCAAUUCCAUCUGCCUGAAAGCACUGCAGGAUGAGAGAAUGAACAGCCCUCUCACUGUAAAUGUUACCUAUGAGGACGUGUGCAUCACAAAUGUGUGUUCAGAUGGCAUCAUCUACUGCCAGGUGCCAUCGAGAGGGGCCUCAAGGCUCACUAAGUUACUGGAAGAAAUAGAGGCCUUCUUCAUAUCCAAGAUGACAUCUGAGUCCCUGGUGUCCAGACCGUUUAGUGGCAAAUUCUGUCUCGCUCGCUACAAAGGGAAAUGGUCAAGGGUGGAGAUCACAGACAUCCAUGACAACCGAGUGAUAGAGGUCCUCUUCAUCGACUUUGGUGUCCCCGCUACUUUAGAGGUCACUGAACUCAGAGAGAUCCCUCCUCUUUUCCGCAAGGUCUUCGCUAUCAUCCCACCACAGGCCACUCAAUGCCGUCUGGCUGACCUCAGCAUUCCAAAGGAAGGCUGGAGUCCUGAGACUGUUCAGUGGGUGAAGGAAGCUGUCCUGGGCUCUAAAGCCUCUAAAAUGAAGGUUAUGAAAGUAGACGAGCACAAAGGGAACAGGCUUGUCUAUAUUUACCUGUUCACUGGUAUUGACAGUCAAGAGCUGGAAGACUGCCUCAACCAUCAGCUGGCCCAAUCAGACCAUUGGCAAAAGCUCACAAAGAACAACACAGUCACCAGCGUGGAUAUAGGUCUCAGAAAUAUAGAAGAGUUGACUCUGAGCAGUCCGGGCUUUAACCCUGUCAUCAAGUCCAUGCCUCAGGCUGAUCAAGGAACAGAGGAGUCAUCACAGCCACUUCAGAUGCCUCCUUCACUGGAACUCCCACAGCCGGGUCAGUGUGUGGAUGUCUUCGUGCCGGUGGCCUACCACCCAGGUUACUUUGUCCUGCAGCCUUGGCAGGGCUUUCACAAGCUGGUGGUGCUCAUGGGGGAGAUGGUUCUCUACUACAACCAGGCUUCAACCAUGGCAAUACCAGCAGAGAUCAAGAAAGGAGAGGUCUACGCUGCUAAAAUAGACAAAAAUUGGUACCGUGUGGUGGUGAAAGGGAUUCUUUCCAGUGGCUUGGUUUCUGUCUAUGAAUUGGACCAUGGCAAACAUGAGGUGGUCCACAGUGCAGCCUUCCGACCCUUAAUACAGGAAUUCAGAUACUUCCCGUUCCAGGCCAUUGCUGCACAGCUGGCAGGUUUGCCCCAGCACCAGUGGUCAGAAGACGCUUCCAAAGUGUUCAGGAACCACGUGGAGAAGCGAGCGCUGGUGGCUCAGGUGGACCAUGUGCACGAGGGGUCAGAGGUCAAAGGAGAAUUUUGGAAGUGCAAAUUGACAGUUUACCUGGUGGACACCUCAAUGGAGGACAGGGAUGUUUGGAUUCACACCAUCAUGGAGGAUCUAGGUGGCGAAUCUUUUUCAGCUGCCUAG